AUGCAGACGGGAGAGGCAGUGUCCCCCAAAGCUUACCCUUUGGUUGAUGCCCAAUUCACAUAACCAUACUACAUGCAGCUCAAAAAAGGUGCUAAUGAAGCCACUAAGACCCUUAACAGAGGUAUCUCUCAAUUCGUUGUCAUGGUUGCUGAUACUCAUGGGCCCCUUGAGAUUCUUCUCCUUCCUCCUCUACUUGCUGAUGAGGAUAAGAAUGUGCUCUACGUGUUUGUGCCAUCAAAACAAUCACUUGGGCUUGCAUGUGGGGUCACCGGGCCAUUCAUCGCUUCUGUGACAGCUAAUGAGGGAAGUCAAUUGAAAUCUCCAAUCCAGCAACCAAAGAAUGCUAUUGAAAAGUUGUUAAUUUGA